GGUCGGUCGGUCGGUGCUGGUGUCGGUGUGUCUGUCGCAGUUGCUCCUCGGUCGCUCCUCGGUAUCAUGGCGCCGCCGUGGACCCGGUGCUGAGCCUGGAGUCGCUGACUGUCACUGAAGGACUGAACAACAGGGAUGUCCUGAGGAGCGGGAAGAUGGAGGACAAAGCGCUGGAAGUGUACGACGUGAUCCGAUCGAUCCGGGACCCGGAGAAGCCGAACACCCUGGAGGAGCUGGACGUGGUGACGGAGAAAUGUGUGGAGGUCCAAGAGCUCUGCGAGGACGAGUACCUCAUCAUCAUCAAGUUCUCCCCGACCGUCCCUCACUGCUCACUGGCUACACUGAUCGGUCUGUGCUUACAAGUGAAGCUGCAGCGAUGUUUGCCAUUUAAACACAAGUUGGAAAUUUACAUUUCAGAGGGAACCCAUUCCACGGAGGAAGAUAUUAACAAGCAGAUCAAUGAUAAGGAGCGAGUGGCGGCCGCCAUGGAGAAUCCAAACCUGAGGGAGAUCGUGGAGCAGUGCGUCACCGAACCCGAUGACUGACACAGGAAGCUGCAACCGCCGUGGAGCCGCAGUGUGUGUGUGUGUGUGUGUGUGUGUGUGUGUGUGUGUGAGAGAGAGAGAGAGAGAGAAGAGAGUGUGUGUCUCUACAGUGCCUCAGGAUAUUAUUCAGAGCGUCUGUCUUAAGGCAGAGGCUUGUGUCGGCUCGGGGGUGUUCGCAGGUGUUUGGAGGAUUUUCUAGAGAGCCUCCAGUGAGGAGCUUGAAUGCUGGGAGGUAAAUAAGAACCAGGAUGGACGCUGGAUUAAAGCCACAGACGUGUGUGUGUGUUGACUUUGUGAUGGUUCCCUGCUGGACGCAGGCGAGGAAGACGAGGGCCAGCGUUUUCAUCCUUUCCUGUGUGGACUGUUUUUAAAAGUCUGUCCUUUUGUUAAUGCACUUAUCCAUCAAAUCGCUCAUAUUAUAAGUGAAAAUAUGAAUAUUUUACACGUGAUUGUUUUAAAAAGAAACCGAUAUUAAAAGCUACAGAACCAGA